GUGUCUGCACUCUCUGAGUCUCUUCGUCUUUGUAAGUUCGGACUAAACCUACAAUGAAUGAACGGCGUAACAUAUUGACCACUGCUAUGCCCUCCUCCUUCGUCUAAUCGAAUUGUCGUACAAAUGUCAUACAAAGCUGUUGAAAUGGAGAAAUACUAGACGGGUCGUUGCCGGGAACCUCAAGGUCGGAUUCUUCGAAGCUUAUACCUCUCGGGCUAUCAACAAGGCCCCCCUCUGCUUCAUAGCUCUCUGAAUGCAUAUUUGAAUCAUUCUGUUCGGUUGGAAUAAAAGCGCGCCUAGUACAUAGGGCAUGACACAUGUAGUCUCAAUCCAGCGAUGCUCGAGCUGUUAUUGGAUCACACUCUGACAAGGUUGAACUGUCAGAUAGCGACAAUGUAAGCUCUAUUCCCGUCUUGCUUAAAUGGUGAUUCUCACAGCACAGUUCCUGAGGAUGUCAAUGCGCGGGGAGACCACGUUACCCCAGGUCUGUUCGCCGAGCGUUUUUGCAGUGAAGGCUUUGCGGCCGGUGAUUGAAGUGAAGAAUGGAAGUGAGGAACGCUGCACAUCCCAUGAGCAUAGGCAUGGAAGUUACAUUUAGACCUGAAGAACGUGUCGAGAUAUAAGGUGCCCUGAGAUAAGCCGGCUUCCCAGAUAGUUUGCUGACUAUCUUAUGCCCAAGAAUGUCAACAGUGACAUACCCGGUCGACUACUAUCAAGUGAAUAUUGGUGUCGGAGAUUGCGAGAUUAUUCUCCUACUCGAAGAUCCUGGAAGUCCGACGCUCCCUGCCAACCUCUUGAGAGCCGUCCUCAUCGAUGGCGGUCAAGAUGGCGGGCGGAUCACGAACAUACAGGCGACGAUCAGAGUCAUUGAAGACAAAUACUCACUUAAGGCUGGCUCUCUCAAAUUCGAUGCCAUGGUGAUCACACAUUGGGACACAGAUCACUAUGUCGGCAUCUUGAAAAUGCUGACGAACGACCUAGAUGUACAGCUGGCUGCAGGAGUGUCCGGCACGUCACCUCUUCAGGUUUCUUUUCUCAAAUACGAUGACGCAGGCAACCCCUUGUCUGUUCUUUAUAUUCCGUAUGAAGAAGAUAAAGAAAAGAACAUUCCGGGCAAGCUCGAUAUUGUAUACUCGACUGUGGAGAGCAAAAGGAUCAUGGGGUUUAAGGGAGAUCGCAAGGGCAAUAUCUGCAAGGUGGUUGCAGACAUGACGAAGGUGGCAAAAACGACCUUGAAUGGUGAUCCGUCGGAAUUGCAGUCCGCAGACUCGUCUAAUGUCAUUGGUCGAGAGCUCUUUUCUGGCGAAUUAGUCGAUGGUGCUAGAUCUGCAACAAGCCCUCAAAACCUCAUAGACGUGUAUAAAGCGCACGGCUCAUUCUACAAAGGCGACCGCCCCGGUUUGUUCUGCGUGGCGGCAAACAAUCGAUAUCUCCCUUGCGGCGCAGUCGAGAAGCACACUCCACAUUCAUAUACAAAUCGCAGCUCUAUUGUCUGUCUCAUCAUUCGACCCCCCAGUACAGAUCUCCCCAACGGUGCAGUUUCGCACUACUUAGCUGGCGACGCAGAGUCAGACUUAGAAGCAGGUGUUGUGAAGUGGACGAGGCUACUACCCAUUCCGUCGCGUACUACUGAGAGACCGAACAUUCCCGAUACGGUACCGAUCGUUAAAGCAAGCCAUCAUGGAGCUCCGACGUCGUUUCCUCUGAAUAUGUGCCAGACGUUCAAACCGUCCGUUAUACUCUUCUCGGCAGGUAAUAAACAUAGGCACCCUUCUUGGAAUAUUUUACUCUACGUGUAUUCAUACCUGGUGUCAUGGCGUGGUGCCCAUGCCGCUAUGCAGAGUGACGGCUUACCUCUACGCCCUUUCUAUCUCACAUGCUUUCCCUAUUACUUCAACUCUCCGGACGCCAAGCUCGUGGGUACGGUUGUGUCGGCGGAAAACCCACUACUGGGGACUAGCGACGAAGACGUCGAGUAUCGUGACACGAUCAAUGACCUUUUCGAUGCUACGGAUGUAGCACUCGAUUUGGUGCGAGAUUUCAUUAGCACAGGUAUACGCACGGAAGCGGAUCAGGCAGUGUGGCUUCGAGACAGGCUCGAGAAUGUCAUACUUCAAAGGUUCUGCAUCCUACACGAUACCACCCUUCCACCUGUCGAUGCCAGAUAUACCAAAAAGAAAAAUUAUACGAGACAUUACACGCCAUUCACGCCUGCGACCCAGGUCUUAUUUGUUCGGAUUUAUUCCGACGACCUCGUUCAGGGUCGUUGGGUGGAGUUCCUUGCUCCGUGGCCAUACGCUUUACCGCCUGCAAGCGUGGUAGUAGUUGAACCACCUUCAAUCGACGACGAGGAACCCCCGAAAAAGAAAAAGAAGGGGGCAAGUACCGAACCUGAUACUGCACCAAUCAUGGAUGGUGUAAAAUCACGAGUCACGCUAAUCUCUGCCCCUGGUUCUCGUUCUAUCCUUUCUGCUGCGACACCUCUGCUUCAUGCUCAGGCUCUGGAAGGGGGGACGAGGUUCUAUAUCAUGUCUUCCCUAGUCGAGGCUCAGAAUCCAAGCCAAUCAGCAGCCGUCGCCACUGAGUGGGAUGCCUUUGUGUCUGCAUUGACGCCUGGUUAUAUCACGCUUGCUGAGUCCCCUUCGUCAGAAUCCGCUACUGCCAUUCAACUCGAUGAAUGUGACGAAUGGUUGGCCUGGUUUACAAGCGCACUUUCACCAUCAGCCGAGAAUACGGAAGUCCAGAUUACAGUCACUGCGACGCUGGUGAAGGACGAGGUGGUGAUUGAUCAUUUUGAUCUCAUUGUACCUCUACCCUUCGCAUCCGACAAAGAGGUCUCGUUAUCGUUUGGACCUAGUCACAAGAUUGGUUAUGACGUGGAAUCUUCUACGUUCGACCCGUUGAAUCAUUUUCUUCGUUUUGACAUGUCGAACAAGCCGUCCGAAACAAUCACCCUCGCCGACCUCCUGGCAUUUUCCCAUCUCUCUUCCGACAUCAUUGGAUUCGGUUCAGAUCUUAAAUUCACCUUGGAUGGCAGCAAGAGUGCGGUGUGGUUUAGUCCGCUACUCGAAAACUAUUCAGCAGCAUUCCGGUUGCAGGCUGUUGCCCAAGCGGGGGAUUGGGCGGAUACCAAGAGCGAGCUACAGAACAUACUGAAGGGCGUAGGCUUGGACAGCGUUGUGCCCUCAUCAAUCACAGUGAUCGUGAAGCGGCGCAUGUCGAAGCACAUAACGUCUGAGGACACUCGCUGCGAAAAAGCCCCAGAACUUGGCUUGUCGCUGGCAUAUCCGGACUUCAACGCCGUCAUGUUUUGUAACCCAGAGAGCUAUACCUUUGCUCUGCGGUGGCCUAAUGGAGCGUUGAAUGCUGCCAAAAACCUAUUGAAGGCCGUCGGCCAAUCUGACCUCGUCUCUAGUUUCGGGGACGCUUUAGACCAGAUAUCCAAGACGGCCGAUAUUCUGCAAAUUUCCGUCCAGAUUCUGCGUAAAGAUUCCGGUUUCAAGGUCACUAUGGUUUCUGUUGAUGCCCAGGUGACGCUCAAACUUGGCAAACCAUCGGGAGAAUCAGAUGGUAAAGAUAUAGUGUUCAUGCUCACCUUUGUUUGGCCUCGAAUGCUUUUCCGUGGUACUCUAUAUACCCCGGAAGCCCCUGAUCAAAGCUGGAGAAAGCUCAUGCCUGACUAUGAGGAGCUGGUCGAGGUUACACCGACAAUGGAUUCAUCCAAAAUACGAGCAAGCCUCUCAAUUCUCGACUUGAUUCCAGGAGUCCCUAUCACCGCUACCCCUCAAGGUGUUCCGACUGAGAUCACAGAAGCAAUGAUUGAAGUCAACGGAUCCCAAAUAUCGUUCUCAGCAUUCUUAGAAUCGGUUUCGUCCCCAGCCUCCGAUGAAAGUCAUGUCCCGCCGAUUACAUUCGAUAGCCUCGAUCUUGCAGCUGUUUAUGAUUGGAAGAGCAAGGCCUUCUCCUUCUCUAUCGCAGCUACCGUUAAUCUGCAUCCUCCACCGCCGACUGCUGAUCCAGCGGGUCGACCGGUUCCCGACUGCAAUGAUGGCUGCGGUUUCCUAUUUGCAUCUGUGGAUUAUGAGAAGGCUAAAGGUUGGACGUUGACUGGCUUGUUAUCAGAUAUCAACUUCGGUGACCUCCUCACGUUCUUUCACGAUGACGAACAAUCCCAAGUCCGCGACAUUUUGGGAGUCAUCACUAUCCAAUCGAUCUCGUUGACUUACAACUACAACACAGACGGAACACCGAGUAAUUUCGACUUUGUUGGUGACAUCGUCAUCGCCGGCAUAGAGUUUGCCCUGAAGUUUUCACACAGUGGCACUGGGUGGGAGGUGAAGGCUGCUCUUGGUGCUUCUGCAGGCUGCACCCUUGGUGAUGUACUGGCAUCCAUCUGCGGUGAAGAUGCCCAAUCAUUCGAGCUCCCGGAUUUCGUUGCUGACAUUAACCUGGAUAUUCCUCAUGACGGUGACAUGCCGGACAACUGGGAAGACUCUCCGAUUUAUCUGAGUUGUGCCCAACCGUCAGCUCCAGGUUCUGGUCUAAUCUUUGUCCUGCAAAUAAAACUUGGCAACCUACGCUUUACCUUUCUCCAGCUCAGCUAUCCGAAGCCUAAGUCCGGUGGAACAGCGAAAAAGCCGAAACGGGUACUCAUGUUCUCCUUCACCUACGUCCUUCCGUCGUUGCAAAUUCCGGUUGUUGGGAAGCUGGACAAUCCGAUUGACGGUCUGCAAUUCUUAUGGGUGCAUGAUCCCAACACUACAUCCCCUGGUUUGACAAGGAACGAAGUUGACAAGAUCAACAGCACAGCAUUUCCUAGCGCACCUGGCCUUUUCUUCAAGGAGACGAAGGCGAAGCCUUCCACUACCGAUGUUGUCCUUGCUGCCGGUUGUCACUUCAUGCUUUUGGUUAAUGAUAGUGGGACACUUAUGGCAGCUCUGGACUACACUUUCAAGAAGAAUACAUCCACGGAAACGGCAGUAGCCUCGAGCAAGAUAGCGAAAGCAGAUAAACCCACCCCAUCAACUUCAUCGAGCGAUGUAUCAUCGGGCGGCGUGUCGUCAGCGGCGGUACACAAGACCGUUGGACCUGUUUCGUUUGCUAAUAUCGGGCUUCAGUUCAAGGACGAAAAGCUCUUCAUCGUCUUUGAUGCAACUCUUGCGCUGGGACCUGUAGGGCUUAGUUUGCUUGGUUUUGGCAUCGGAGCCAAAAUCACUGCUGACUUCUUCACCGACUUUGAUGUUUCCAACUUCGCUUUGCAACUUCGUGGUCUUGCUGCGGCUCUGGAUAAGCCACCCAUUCUCCUCGCGGGUAUGUUUGAGGACUUAUCAACACCAACUGCGGAACUCUUUGCGGGAGGCGUGGCUAUCGGCUUGAACCUAUACAGCUUCCUUGCGCUUGGAUCGUACGGAGUUAUUGAAGACGAUUCGAAGAACUCUUACAAGACCUUCUUCGUGUUUGGGCAGCUUCGUGGACCUCUCAUUGAGUUGGAGUUUGCCACCAUCAACGGUGUUACGCUAGGUUUUGGGUAUAAUUCUCACCUAACCUAUCCUGACGUCAACAACAUCCUUGAUUUCCCGCUAGUGAAGGGUAUCAGUGCCGAGUCUGCGGAGGGUGCUGCCAGUGCAUCGAACGUCCUCACGGUUCUCUCGGAUGCCGUCUUUAAAGUGUGGGUCGUGCCACAGAACGGUUCAUACUGGUUUGCCGCUGGACUAGAGGUCUUAGCUUUCGAGACUCUCGAUAUACGUGCGGUCGCUGCGAUCGAAAUCGAUCCCUAUGUCAGCAUUGGGCUGUUCGCCGAUGCCGUUUGCUCUUGCCCGCCCAAAGCUCCUCGAGAACUUUGUUUUGCCUAUGUUGAACUCGGAAUUACGUGUCGUGUUGACAUAAAGAAUGGGACCCUUGCCGUUGAAGGCAAACUUUCUCCCAACAGCUUCCUACUCCAUCCUUCUUGUCACCUGCUCGGUGGAUUUGCCAUGUACUAUUGGUUUGAUCCGUCUCCCUAUGCGGGUGACUUCGUGUUCAGUAUUGGAGGAUACCACCCUGCAUACAAACCUCCUGCGUAUUACCCUGGACCAGACAGGCUGUCUAUAUCAUGGAAACUUGAUAGUCAUAUCGGCAUCACGGGAGCAGCGUACUUUGCGGUUACUCCCAAAGCUUGCAUGGGCGGGGGUUCACUCUCAAUUGUAUUUUCAGCAGGCCCACUGUCGGCCCACUUAGAUGCCCAUGCUGACUUUCUGAUGGUUUGGAACCCAUUCCAUUUCAUUGGCGAUAUUGGUGUCGAGGUUGGCGUCAGCUUCGAAGCGAAAGUCUGGUUUGUCCAUGUUCAUAUUUCGGUUGACGUAGGCGCGAGCCUUCAUCUCGAGGGCCCUCCGUUCGGCGGAAAUGUCCAUGUUAACUUCUACUUGUUUGGGUUUGACAUCUACUUCGGCAGUCAUCCUGGUCCACCUUCCCCUUUGUUACUGGAUGAGUUUUGGGACCUGCUGGCACGUUCGAGCAACCAGGAGGACGCUGGAAAGGAUGCUGGGAUAACUCUUGUUGUGCAGGACGGUUAUGCCCCGGGGACGAACAAGAACGUCACACCUGUUCCCGGAGAACCCUGGUUAGUCACUGGGGGAAAGUUCAAGUUCCUCAUUCAGUGUCGUUUCGCUUUGAAGACUGUACAGUCGCAGGACGAGAAGGGGUGGACUGAUGUGGCUUCAAGCACACUAUCUGUGUAUGCCAAGCCCAUGCACGUGACAGAUGAGAUUAUCUCAACUCUGCAGGUUACUGUCACUAAGCGCGAGACGUCAGCCGUCGAGAGCGGGUUCACGUUCAAACCAAUUCUCAAGAACGUUCCGUCUGCGCAGUGGGGAAAAUAUGCCGAAGGGGAAGAUCCAUCUAGGCAUCCUGCUUCUGAUUCCAUGCUCGAUGGAAGUAACUCAACUCUGAAUGGGAUGUUGAUGGGCGCCAUGGUCACUGCACCUUUGCCAGAGUAUCCUGAUGAUCAUAUUCCGCCUUACAAUGCCCACGAUGCAAUGUACGUUGAAGUCAUAAAACACGAGGCGUUUCCCGAUGGCGAUCCAUCCUCUGAGGCUACUUCCUGGCUUCCCAAAGAGGCUGAAUCAUUUGAGCAAGCUGCGGCGGCUUGGUCGUUGCCACCGACAGAUCCUCAAUGCAUCGUGAAUGCCUUGGCGGAAGCCUUCAAGUGGACAGAGAAACUUGUCGGAAGAGGACCCGAAUUACUACUGAAGAACUUCCAGACCGUAUAUCUCGAUAUCCCAUCUUUGACUUCUGCCUAAGUGACUUUCUUGCAUCGAACUGUACAUUACUCCUCCUGCUCAUGUAGGAUGCCUCCCAGUGUAACUGGCUCUCAUUCAACAUGCUGUCAUGAUACUCAUAUUCCCAUGCAUAUGCGUCAAUGAACAUCAAUCAAUUAAACAACACUAUUGCACCAGAAAUGGGUCAUUGUUGAGUGGGAACAGAGGUUCUGAAUUUGAGAACGAUACAUGGUAUUCAUUACAUUGUUGAGCACGAAGUCGAGAAAUGAGAACCAAAAAGAAGUUACGUC